GCAGGACUGAAAAAACGUACAAGGAAGGCCUUUGGUAUACGCAAGAAAGAAAAGGACACCGAUUCCACGGGGUCACCGGACAGGGACGGCAUCCCUCUCAGCCCUCAUCUCAAUGAGCCACCUUGCCAUAGCAAACCUGAGGGCACACGGGAGCAAGGAAAAAAUAACUCGAAGAAAACCAACGGGGCCCCAAAUGGAUUUUAUGCAGAGAUCGACUGGGACAGAUAUAACUCCCCAGAGCUUGAUGAGGAGGGCUACAGCAUCCGGCCCGAGGAGCCAGGCUCCACCAAAGGGAAGCACUUCUACUCCUCCAGUGAGUCCGAGGAGGAGGAGGAGGCCCACAAGAAGUACAACAUCAAGAUCAAACCACUGCAGGCUAAGGAUAUCCUGAAGAGCGCAGCUACGGUGGAUGAGCUGAAGGCAUCUGUAGGCAACAUUGCACUUUCUCCAUCCCCUGUGGGGAUGAUUAAGAGGAAUUUAUCCAGUGAGGAGAUUGCACGGCCCCGGCGCUCCACACCCACGCCGGAACCCAGCAGCAGGAAGCCCCUGGAGGACCCGGCUGCGCUGGCACCGCUCUUUGGGCCCCCACUGGAGUCAGCAUUUGAGGAGCAGAAGCUGGACGCUCCUCUGGACCAGCCCGAGAUCUGGGGCUCCUUCCAGCCCAACAGCACUGAGUCCCCAAAGCUGCAGAGACCUUUUCCAAUUGGAACUCCUCCACCACUGCCUCCCAAGAACAUCCCGGCCACGCCGCCCCGCACUGCAUCACCCCUGACAGUGGCACCAGGAGGUGACCAGCCAGCCACGGAGGCCAAAAGUGACAAACCACCAACAAUCAAUGACUUGGACAGCAUUUUUGGCCCCGUGCUAUCCCCCAAGUCUGUGGCUGCUCAUGCGGAAAACAAGUGGGUCAAUUUUUCCGAUCCAUCCCCGGAAAACACGACGGCGGUGCCGAGGCCCCGGGAGCCAGCAGCAUCCCCCCCGGUGGUAAUGGGCAGCCCAGGGGCUGAGCCGCCCCGUGCCCUGCCCUCCCCGCUGCGCCUGGACGAGCUGCAGAAGAAGGCUUUGGAGCAGCCCUACGCGAAAGAGGAGAACGCGGAACCGGCGGUCGCCUCACCGAAGGAAUUUGGGCCGGGACAAAGAGCCACCCCGCCGCCCCCUCCGCCGCCCUACCGUACAGUCGUGUCAUCCCCCGGGCCGGGCGCCAGCAGCGGAGCAGGAAGCCCCAGCGGCUCCUCGUCCCCAGCUCGCCCCGGCACACCACUGGCCGCCUGCAGCACCCCACCACCCCCACCACCACGACCCCCAUCCCGGCCCAAGCUGCCCCCUGGCAAGCCCUCCGUCGCAGACCUGUCCAGGCCUUUUAGUCCUCCUAUUCACUCAUCCAGUCCUCCUCCGAUAGCACCUUUAGCCCGUGCUGAAAGUACUUCUUCCAUAUCUUCCACCAAUUCCCUGAGUGCAGCCACCACUCCCACAGUUGAGAAUGAACAGCCUUCCCUCGUUUGGUUUGACAGAGGAAAGUUUUAUUUGACUUUCGAAGGUAAGUAGUGCGCAGGCUCAGCUGCCGCUCGCUCCCCGCUCGCUCGCUGCCCCGGGCUCCCCCGAUGCUGCGGCCCAGUGCUGUGCCAGGUGCUAUGGCUGCUUUGGUUGGGUUGAUGCUAAUUCAUCAGUGAGCUGUUUCCUGUUGGCUUACUUUAAA